UACAGCUCAGAGCACGGCCCCUCAGCCAGAGCACGAGACACGCUGACCGCCCGCUAACAUGCGCUCUCACACAUAACACGUUCUAGUUAGUGAGAGAGGACACACUACGCAUUUAGAUAGACAGGACAGAGUUUUGUUUUUUAUGUGAUUUUCAGUGAGUGCAAUCAAUGUAGGAAUGCAGGCGAAAUGGUCAGAAAUCAGAAGUUAAGAGGGUGAAUCAUCGAGAAUGUGCUUCAAUUAUGAGUGAUGCCAGGCGACUUUGAAGAUACACCCUCCCAACUUUUUGGUAUACCUUUUUUUUGGACAUACAGAGACUUCAUUAUACUUAAAUUGUCCACCUGACUCAUAAUACAUUUAGACAACACUCCAGCAUGUCAGCUGAGGUGCACCUGGAGCGUCUAAAAAAGGCUUCCUCUUCUUCGGCGUUUGCUCUGUGCGUCCCCACGGUGACGCUGAUCAGCCACAAACCGCUCCGGGAUCGAGCCAGUGCACACAGACCCCCGCACCUGCCCCAAAGCGCUGGAGCCCACUAUAGAUGCAGAGAAGGUAGGAGUGGACUAUAUCCUGAAGGACUGUCUUCUGAAGUCUUCUGGCAGUCUGCUACCACAAGCAUCCCGCUCUCCCCAGCACUAAAGCACCUCCAAAACAAGCAGGAGGAAGCGGUGAAUGAGGUGAAACGUCAGGCCAUGUCGGAGCUGCAGAAGGCUGUGUCUGAUGCUGAGAGGAAAGCCCACGAGAUGAUUUCUGCUGAGCGCUCUAAAAUGGAGAGGGCCCUGGCUGAGGCAAAGAGACAGGCCUCUGAGGAUGCACUAACAGUCAUCAACCAGCAGGAGGACUCCAGUGAGAGCUGCUGGAACUGUGGGAGGAAAGCCAGUGAGACGUGCAGUGGCUGUAACACGGCGCGCUACUGUGGCUCUUUCUGCCAACACAAAGACUGGGAGAAGCACCACCAUGUGUGCGGCCAGGGCCUGCAGGGUCUGCCCGGGGGUAGCAGUGUCCCUCUGGGCACGCCCUCCUCCAGCUCCUCCACCUCCUCCAGCGCACCCCCCACUCACUCAGAGAGCACCCCACCCGGCCCCCUGUCCCUGACAGCUCAGAGCAGUAUGACCGCAGGGGCAGGCAGUGGCAGUGCCAGUGUCUCUGCCAGCCCAAAGGAGAGCAGUUCCAGCAGUGCCUCUCGCUCCACGACCCCAGCCACGCCUGCGCUCCUGGACGCCACCUCUCGCUGACCUCUGACCUUUGAACUCUCCUGUUUACUGAUGAGACAGUGCCCACACUCCACUAAACCAAACUGAGGAAUCUCCAUCGCACUACGCUCCCGCUCUUUCAGUGGUCCUUGUUUCCCCUCGAGAGUAUUUACACUUUGUCCAAAUGCGUCCCUCUGAAUUUCAGAAACAUAUCAGUUAUGUUUAGCCAAAAUAUGAGUAAAACUUGAAGAAUCGCCCUUAAUAAUGAUGAAUGAUGUCCAUAUAAGGACAUAAGAAAAGGGCUGUUGAACUGCAGCAGUUAUAUGGAAAGAAUAAAGCACUUGGGUAGGAUUUCCCUUUAAUUGAGAGAAUAUUAAGUGAAUGACACCCAGCCUUGAGACGUGCACUACUAAAUUUACUUUAAUAGCAACAAACAGAAGAUAUAAUUUUUUUUUCUGUCUUUUAAAACAGAGGGAAACCUGUGAUGUGAUUCAUUCCUCAGACAAACAACUUAGUAUUUAUUUAGUUUUUUCUGGCUUUAAGGGAAAUGAGAAGUCCAAAUAUUCUACUUAAAGAAUAAUGAUGAUGAAGAUAUGAAACAAAUAAAUUUUAAACUGCUAACUACCUUGCUAGCGAGCCAAGAAAUCUACACCGGACUCACCUCUCUGCACCAUUGUGAACCCAAAUGAAUUCAAAGAUGACAAAUAAUAAACCUGAUCCAAACUUUUGUAUUACACUGCCAAAGUGAGUAAGUAAGCGAUAAAGGAGAAGCACUCAUAACCAAACGCUAAAGCAACACCACCUCCUCAGCAGGAAAAGCCACUCUUGAGAAGACUAAGCUGUAGUCAAUCAAUGAUGGCCCAGACUGUGAACAAGGACUAUGCUGUGAACUACAAGAGAGACUUCAUGGAUUAGAAGAAACCCUGCCACAUUGUGAUUUAGGUAAAUGGUAACUAAGAGUUGACAAAACCAGGAGAAAAGGAAGACAGCCUCAAAGGAUCUAUGGAGCUGCCAAAAACCUCAACUUAGUUUGCAUAAUAACUUACAAAUUGUUUGUAAGUUGUUUUUUAAAAGCUCCAACGCAACACGGAAUAGCUGUUACCUUUACCAACCUUUUCCAAAGCAUGAGACAAAUAGAGCAUAUCGAAGUGACUGGCGGUGUAGACUUGGUUCUCCUCUUUCUACCUCCCCUCCGCCCCAAAUCUUCCUUUGACGCUCUUCCCUAAAGACUACAAACAUGGACGCCCAAAUCUCCCUGAAUCCUGCUUUGGACUUUGCCUCACAUUGCAGUGGGAAACACACAGGACUAUUACUUGCUUGUAGAUAUUGUUCCUCUUUUCAACUUUUCGAUAAUGUCUCUUGUCGCUGAUGUCCACAUGUGCUGCCCAAUUGUGUAUAUUCUGAGAAAUGGACUUUGUUUUUGUUCAACUACUUUUUUGUUUCAUUUCAUUCUUGUCAGUUUGAAAAUGAGCAGUGAAGUCAAGAGUUUGGACGCUCUUUGAAGGGAAAAACUGUCCCAGGUUGUACUUAUUGUUUGAUUUGUUGUAUCUAUAUUAAUGAUGAAAUGAAAGCCCACUUGUAGAAUAUUUUGUACUGCUCGCAUUGUAAGACAGUGAGAGGACAGAGGUGCAAUAUGAAGAGAAUUCAGCUACUGAAUGGAACCUCAACAACUGCCCAUAGGGUGUCAUAUAAUAUAGAUACAUAUAAAUAUAUUUAAAACAUCAGUAACUUAAUUAAUGUGAAUGUACAUAGUAUUUAAUGAGGUCCAAAAAUGUGUUUGCCAAAUAACAGAAACCUUUAAGGAUUAAAGUCAAGAAUAUGAUUUUGUUCACAGUACAUUUGUUUCUUUGAUUUUGUUUUUUCAUUUCUCAAUCUCAUUAAAACUGAAAAAGAUGACCCAAUGUGGAAGAGAUAGUUUGGAACAGAGGAAGUUGCUCCAAGGAUGAAAACAGAGCAAGAAUAGAUGCUGUCAGUCUUUCCUCAUUAUAAGAAAAUUCAAAUUGUACUUAGUACUUAUAUGAUUUAGCACCACAUUCUAAACAAAAGUGAAUAUGAAAAUAUUGACAUCUCUGACAUUCUGUCUUUUUUUUACAUUUAAUGACUGAUUUUGAUAUGACAUGCAAAACGGCCCUCUCAGACACCCCUCUGCAUGUCUUGUUCUAUCCAGUAAGAUGCAAGGAAACUUUGCAUUUUACAUAAUUUGAAGUAAUAUACCAGUGUUAAGCUAAAGCUAAUUUGACACCCAAUCAUAUGUAAUGCUUACUUACUUUAAGUUUCUUUGACAUACAGUUUAGGCUAACAACUUUCUCAGAUUUAUGGUCACCCAUUUAAAGUCCAUUCUAUAGCAAAAUGUGGACCAAAACAUGAAAAAAGGAAAUAUUUUGGCAUUGCAGACCAUAGGAAAAGUACACUUGUUAAAUACAAGCUUAGAUUUGUGCCAUUUGCUUCUUGCCGUUAACUGAUCUCUCUUCAUGACCCGUUCACACACCAGCUACCUCCAGUGACCAUACAGCUAACCACCAGGAAACAUUGGCCUGGGUUUUUGUAAAGCACGGCUGAAAUGCAGACAUGGAUUCACACAAAAUAAAAAUAGCGAAAGGAGUUGUCACUUUGCCAGUCACUUUGCAAGUUCACAACAUAUUAACACAAGUCUACCCUACCAUUACACUACCAGUCCAGACAAACAUGUAGUACUGUGCAAAGAUUUUUGGGAAGCCGAGUGCUUUAAAAAUCCAUUUGACUUCAUUUUGAUUUAUAUUUAGAUCACUGUUAAAAUCACAAAACAUGUUUUGUACAUUGAUCCAUAUUUACUUAAUUGUUCAAAGUUCCCAAGGCUAUUGCACAAUACUGUACACAUCAUAUCUUUACUGUAUAAAUCAUGUCUUCAAAAAAUGUAACAUGCCAUUCAUAUUAAAAACCAAUAGCGCGCAAACCAAAGUUAUGCUGCCAUUGCUACGUAUGCUUUGAUGUGCUGUGUGUGUUGCCAGAUCUGUAAAAAUGAAGUUCAAUCUCUCUUCUUUGCCAGUUAACCAAAGCAUCUGAAAUACACACAACAAACGAAUGAACAGCAGUGAAUAGGCUACAUCUUUCACAUGUGGAGAUCUUACUUAAGCAAUCAAAGCUUUUGUUUCCUACACAGUGAAUAGUGCUUAGCUAAAACAAUAGGAGCGUCUUCUUUACAAAGCCUGAUUACAGUUACAAUGCCUUUGCAGAGAGAUAACAAAUGCAUGGUAGAUUUGUGAUUGUAUUUUUAAAUGGCAAUAUAUUGUUUUGUUUUUUAUUUCCCUUUUAUUUCAUAUCACCCAAACAAACUACUUGAAACCUUCAAAGCUUUAAUCAAACAUUGAUGACAACAUUGUACAAUACAUUACAUUCACAUCAAUUGGUGACAAGUUCUUUUCGGUAAAUUGUGUGUUCUUCCAUGUCUGCACAUAAGCCAUCCCAGAAAACAAACCAAACCCAUCAUAUCCAACAAUGACCAAAAUACAACCAAAAGCAUUUGUGCUACUUUUAUGUUGCGUUUUGAGCUCAGAAACAGGUUUACUUCAACAUACAUUUUAUUAUUCAUAAAAUGUCGUAAUGCUUUAUUUUUGCUAUAAAAAUGUUGUAAAUGGCAAACACAGGAGGGCUCUGUCAAUGUUGGAUUCUGAAAAUGUGAAAAAUUGGGUGAAAAUGAAUUAAACAUAAUACAAUACAGUAAAGACGUAAUUUUAACAUGUUACUAUGUAUCCUGCCCCAGAAAUUAUGAGUCUUUUGGUCAAACUGACACUGAAGAUAAUUUCAAAUUUUUUCUUCAAAAGCCAUUGGUCUGGAUGGUCCUGUUUCUUUACAUUGAAAGGUAUUGUUUCUAUAUAGAGAAGCAUACUGUAUUGUGCAAUAAUAUGGAAAACACAUUCUGUAGGAAAGGUUGGCUUUUUGAUUUUUCUCAUUUAGUUUUCAUUUUCCUCCUCAAAAAGGUCAUGUUGCUGUUUUUAGAUGAAGUAAACUGUGCCAGAUGAAUUAAAUUCUGAUUUAUAUUUAUUUCUUGCAUGCUUUCCUCCCUGUUGCUAUAGGCUACUGCUCUAUACUGCUCUUUAACUGUUCGCUCUGUUGGAUGUGUGAAGCUGUAAAACAUUCUAAUUCAGGUUAUUGUCUGUGUUGAACAAUGUA